AUGCGCCUACUUCGGCACGAAGCACUAAGCUUGUACAGAGAAAGCCUCCGCACUUGUAAAGCUUUCACCUGGCAACAUCCAUCGGGCAAGGCGUGGCGAGAGAUCCUUGCGGAGACGCUCCGUAAGGAGUUUGAAGCGGGUCGUCUUGAAACGCAACCGGAUAGAAUCCUGGAGUUGCUUGUCAACGGCCGGGAGGCCCUUCGAAAAACACAGGAGCUUUUAGUUCAAAAACAGCGUGAACUACAGAAACGGCAGUCGCUCAGUUCAAACUAG